CUAAGUGGAUUCUCAAUGUUUGCGAGUGGAGAAGGAGACCCUGAUUUUAAGUGGGGUGUUGAGAAAGCUGUGGGACGGACAGAUUCAAAGGUCCAUUUCUAUGAAUCAUUUACCUAUGACGGCAUCGAGUACCGGCUCUUUGACUGUGUUUGUUUCCAAGUACUUGGUCAAUGCGAGACUUCAAUCGGGAAGCUUAUCAGGAUGUAUGAGACACCAGCUGGUGAGAAGAAAGUUAAGGUCCUUUGGUUUUUUCGACCUGUUGAGAUUCGCAGAUUCUUGAGAGGAUAUGAGCCACUGUUUGAUGAGUUGUUUCUGGCUUGUGGUGAUGACGUUGGGGUUUACAAUAUCAACGGCGUGGAUGCAAUCAUUGGGAAAUGCAAUGUUGUAUGCGUCUCAGAUGAUCCGAGAAACCCACGACCAGCAAAAAGUGAGCUGAGGAACGCUCAAUAUAUCUUCUCCCGCACCUUCGAUACAAGACGGAAAAUUAUAUCACAGGACUUUGCAGAUGCAAUAGCUGGAAUUCGAGUGGAGAAGUUCUUCAACAAGGUAAGAGCUAAUCAGCCUGUAAAACGUCUAAACUCAAACGCAGCUACCGGUUCCAGGCCUUCCCCAGUGAAAUCUUUUCGUCCAGAGUCAACGAGGUCAGGAAAAAACGAUAAUAGAGAUGGAAAGUUCACGAGUAGAACAAGCCCGACCGGAUUGACACUAACCUUUCUUUUGCAAGACUUGUUUCGGAAGGACCUUGCUGAUCAAGGACAUGUGAAGAAGUACCCUCCUGUCAGUACUGAUAUCACGUCAAGAGGUCUGAAAACCAAAACCAGAGCAUUUGGGAGUAGACUUGCUUCAGGUUCAUCUCUCGAUCCCAGGCUUUCUAAAAGGAGGAGGGUUAACAGUCCAGAAAUAGAUUAUUCAGGCCCUGAAUCAGGAGAAAAGAGAUCCAUCAAAAAUCCUCCUCUUGUAGACAAAGGUCCAAGUCAGAACAUUGGUAAACACAGCUGGUUCAAGAAACUGCCUUUUGAGGAAGAACUAAAAGAAGCUAUAAGAAUGAACAGGGUGCUCUUAAUUGAAAACCUGGAACCAUCACUCACAUCGCUGGAGGUGGAGGAUGUUUGUAGGAAAGCUUUUAACGAAAGAGUUGAUGCAGAGAUGAUCCCAGCAACCCUUGCGUCUAACCCAGAUAAUGGGAAAGCUCUUGUGAUCUUUCAAACCACAAGGGCAGCUGAUAAUGCCCUGUCGCGAUUAACCGAAGGGUGCCUGAUGUUAUCUGACGAGAGGCCACUAGUGGGUAGCAGAAAUGUCCCAAAGGAAGUCAGAGAAUGUGAAAGAUUUACUGGACAUCUUCGCAUGUUGGGUAAACCUCAGAUGACGAUUGAGAAGGCAAGUUGUUGCAAUAGUCAUUUUUGUUUUUACCUGAACGCACCCUCAAGUCCAAGAAAGCCAUUAUCUCACUGUCUUAGAAAGGCCGUUGCUACAGCACACUGCGCGCAGCCAAACCACGUUGUAUACGAGAUGGCGAUUGAAUGGCUCGCUCUUCAGGGAAAGUCAGAAUUGGAGUGCAAGAGGUUAUUCGAGGAACAAGCCAAGGAAAUGAACAUCUUAUGGAGUAAAGACCCUAAAAAAACCAGAGGAUAG